CCCGGGGACGAUUGUCUCGAUUGCUCCGAUGUGCAUCGCCCUGCUGUCGGCUCCGCGACAUUCCCCACCGGUCCCACCUCCCACUGGGGAAGCUCCGGCAACCGUUGUUCUUGCCCCGGUGUGUAUUGCACUGCUGUCGGCUCCGAAUCUUCUUCCACCGGUGCCACCUCUAACCGGGGAAGCUCCGGCGACAGUGGUUCUUGCUCCGGUACUAGUCGUUCCAAUGUCGGCUCCACGACUUCCUCCACAGGUCCCACCUCCAACUGGGGAAGCUCCGGCGAUGGCUGUCUCGAUUGCUCCGAAGUGCAGUGCUCUGCCACCGGCUCCACGACUUUCCCCACCGGCGUCACCCCCGUCCGGCGGCGCUUCGGUGACCGUUGUUCUCGCUGCGGUACCAGUCGCUCCGCUGUCGGCCGCGAGUUCACUGGAGGAUCGUCUUCCUCCGGUUCCACCUCAGGAUAAAGCCGCUUCAACACGCGGUGCAUCAAGCGAUCCGAUCUUCUUGUCGGAUACGUUUCCUCCGCCCAUGCAGCUUCACUGCCGCCGGCCGAGGGACGGGUUUCUGGCCGGUAGUGAGGUGGAGCACCCCAUGUGGGAGGGCUGGGAGGCGGCUCGGAUGGGCUCGAUGGCGGGGUGCUGAGUGGGCUCGAGGAAUAAUCCGCCAUGGAAGGCGAGGUGGAAGGCAAGGUGGAGGCUGAAAGCAACGGGAUGGUAAGUGUCAGAGAUGGGGAAAUAUAGUUCGGUACACUCAGCGUUAGGAGUACAGCCUCCAUAUAUAUGCCAUCGGGAUGGCUGACCCGCUGGUGUACCUAGGCAGCCUGCCAAAGUUGCCGGGGGAGAAGAAAGUCUCCGCAUAGAAAGUAAGAUCUGAAUUAAGAUGUCUUGUAGUAAGGUGUCGUGGGGCAGUAGGAAGUCAAUGCGAGCAGCCUCACAACCUUGUCGGCUGCAUGACCUCAACACUCCAACUUAUGUAGACUGCCUUUCCUGGCCAUGCCUGGUCCAGACUACUGGUCCCCUCGCCUCUUCUUCUCG